AUGUUAAAUACUCCGCACGAUUCCGUUCGCACUUCUGCUUUACAAAAUGGCAACCCAACGUUAGCAGAAGUUCUACUCAUAGAUGAAUCAUUUAAGAGCACAACGAAGGCAGUUCAGUCUCUCAAGGAACCAUCGGCCUCUUCAGGCAAAGCCACUUCAUUGGUAAAUGCAGUUCAAAGCUCAGAAGCUUCUCGUACAUCUCGGGUUAGUAACAAUAACAAGCAGAGUGAGUACAAGUCAUGCUCAGGCUGUGGUACCUCACAUAGCCGCGAGCAGUGUAAAUUUAAAAACGCUGUGUGCCGUAAGUGUGGUAUGGUAGGGCAUAUAGCACCGGUAUGCAUGGCGAAAGGUACGAAUAAGUACAUGAAGAAAAACACAACGGAGCAACAAUGCACACAGAAAACUUCCAAGCGAAACAACAAACAUAGGUGCAAUGAGGUGGAUACAAUACAGAAAAAUAAAAAUUUCAUCGACUUAAAAGUAAUGAAUAAACUAAUAAAGUUCCAGAUGGAUUCCGGUGCGUCUCUUUCUAUUAUAACGUUAGAAACUUGCAAAGAACUAAAUAAUCCACCACUUAGCCCGUGUAAUAGGUCGAUAUUCGGAUUCGGCAACACCAAAAUCCAUACUCUUGGGGAACUCAAGGUAAAUGCAAUAUGUGGUGCAAAACAAAAGCAAGUCAAUUUGGUGGUCGCUCGCGUGCACAAUGGUAAUAAUCUGUUCGGUGCAGAUCUCUUCGAAGCCUUUGGGUACAAAAUACAACAAGUACUCACUUUUAAUGACUCAAUGCCCGAGGUAAACGCGCUCCUAGAAAAAUACAGUCAAAUUUUUGAGCCAGCCCUAGGCACCGUAAACUGUUUUAAAGCAAGUGUUAAACUAAAACCCGAGGCCCUGCCAAAUUUUUUUAAGAGCAGGCCUAUUCCGUUCGCACUCAUGCCUAAAUUCACCGAAGAGGCAAAUAGACUGGUUAUCGCUGGAAUUUGGAAACCGGUGCAAUUUAGUGAGUGGGCAUCACCUAUAGUUCUCGCGUCAAAACCCGACGGUUCGAUUCGGAUAUGUGGAGACUUUAAGGUGUCCAUAAACAAACAAAUUGAUGUUGAGCGCUAUCCGUUGCCAACGCGCGAAACCUUGCUCCAUUUAGUGCGGUACGGCAAGCAGUUUUCUAAAAUAGAACUGAAAGAUGCAUAUUUGCAGUUAGAGUUAGACGACGAAGCAGUUUUAGUGGUGAGCACGAAUGCCAUAUGGCAUCGCAAGCGCCCCAGCAAUUUUUAA